UUGGAUAGAAUUGGAGUUCAUUAUGACUAUCAAUGACCAUCAAGACGAAAACCCAAUCAAGCAUGAUUGGCGUACGGAUUAUUCAAACCGCCCAUAUUACGGCGAUAUCCAACGAGAACUUCCUGAUGUAGAUUAUGACCGUGAUCUUCGUUCAGCCUAUGAAUUAGGAUCUGCUGCUGGCGAUGCUAUGUUCUAUGAAGAAGUUCCGAUCAUACAUGCUGUCAUCGUUUUUGCAAAUAAUGAAGCAUUCUUAGUGAAAUUCCAUUGGACUCCAAAGCAAGGGGUAGCUCAAGUCGUCUGGGAUGAAGCCCUAAAAAUUAAUGGCAAAGAUCCCGAUUUUCACAGACGUGAUCUGUGGGAUGCUAUUGAGCGUGGCAAUUACCCGGAAUGGGAAUUAGGCGCACAAAUUUUCUCUGAAGAAGAUGCAAAACAAUGGGACUUUGAUGUCUUAGAUGCUACAAAAUUAAUCCCAGAAGAACUUGUACCAGUCACUCCACUAGGACGUGCAGAUAACACAAUCACAGGAAUAUCUGACCACUGCCUCAUCUCGGUCAACACCUGCUGUCCUUCCAUAUCUGGCAAACCUAAAUCUAAAAUCAGUUGCAUAGUGGUGAUAUUCAUAAUCCCCCCUAUGGCACCUUGGCCAUACAUCGCGGCCAUUGGGCCUUUCAAGAAAUCAAUCGCU